AUGGGCUUUGUGGGUCUCGUUCAAUUUUCCCUUCAAUGCUUUGAUGUUCUUGCAUGGCUUCUACUUUCUCUGGUGUAUCCUAUGGCGAUUGAGGCCAAUUCGGUUUCAGAUUUUCGGAAGUUGAAUACUUAUUGGGUUGUCUUCUCAUUGAUUCUGCUAUUUGAACAUGCAUUUAUGAAGCUCCUAAAAUGGCUCCCACUGUGGCCAUACUUUAGGCUAAUCAUUGUCUUCUGCGACAAUGUUUUUACCGAGGUGGAGAGAUAUGCACAGGAGAAAGGACCUGAGGCUCUAGAAAAAGUUGUUGCUUCCAAAUCUGAGAGAACAAAGUCAAAUCCCAAUGCGAAAGAGUUCAAAGCAGUUUCAUCUCUGGAGAGUAAAGAGGUUAGUCAGGCAGAGCCUAAUCUCACUGGAACUGAAAACAGCAGAUUUCCCAGUACGGAUAUUAAAGAAAAGGCCAUUGGGAUUGCAUCAGAGAUAGAAGUUCUGAACAUUCCACCUUUAGAGAAGGUUCAGGAGUGGACAAGUGCAGUCAGUCAGGUAACGACCCAAAGUGAUACAUCUUUUAACUCCUACCCGGACGGUAAAGUACACGAUGCUGUAUAUGAGAAACCGAAAAUAGAGAACAAGGCUGAAGCUAAGCUCUCUCAGAUGGAAACCGGUACAUUUGCGACCAGGGAGACUCGUUAUGAAAAAGAACAAAGCAAAGUUAGCAGUAUGCAUGGCCUCAGCCCAAUGGGCAAGAGGCAUGGAAGCAUGGACCAACAAGGUAAGCCCAGUAUGCAUGGCCUCAGCCCACAACCCUAA